GCGUCGGUGUUCAAAUGGACGAGAUUUUUCCUUAUUUUUCAUUGAAUUAAUAGAAUAAGCAGCAUGAGUUUCGACGAUUUUGAUGUUUUUAGCCGCAUGUUUGGCCAUUUCUGUCCAUUUGGCAACGUAAAAGCCCCAAAAGAGUUCGAGGAGCACAAAACUGGCGCAUCAAAAAUCCGUUUUUGUUUGAAAGAACUACAAGAUACUAAUGACUUACCUUCCGGAUCGACAAUUUUCCAAGCGAAAAACGAUGCAGCAUCCAUCAACGCUCGAAAUUUGGGAAAUCGGUACUUCAAACAGCGAGAUUAUGUUCAAGCUCUCGAGUGUUACAACCAAAGUAUCUGCUUAGCUCCAAUGAAUUCGGAAAAUUUGGGCAUCGGAUAUGCGAAUCGGGCUGCUGUUUUCUUGAAUUCUGGAUUUUACAAGCUUUGUUUGCAAAAUAUCGAGUUCGCUGAAGCAAAUAAUUACCCGGAAAAGUUCAAAAAAAAGUUGGAAUUGCGUAAAAAGGAGUGUUUGAAGGCUAUUGAAGAGGGAAUUGACAGUCAAGAGAAGUUUGAUAAGGAAUAUGCUCCUUUGCGGAUGACUUACCCUGCGAAGAAAAGCAAUCCUUGCAUUGCUGAAGGCAUAGAAUUGGGAAAAUCCGCUGCUUUUGGACGUCAUGUGUACACAAAACGCGAAUUAAAACCAGGCGAUGUUAUCCUCAUUGAAAAGCCUUAUGCGAAACAUUUGGUGAAAGAUGCGGUUCACACUCGAUGCGCAAAUUGCUUGGAUCAAUGCUACAUGAACGUUUUUCCAUGUAGUCGAUGUACCAAAGCCAUGUUUUGCUCCCAAAAAUGUCACGAAAUCGCACAUAAACGUUGGCACAAGUACGAAUGCCCCAUAAUUGAUGGAAUUUUCGACAUCGGUACGAAUUCUAAUUUCAAUCAAAUUGAAACAGCACUUCGAGCAGCAUUGCAAUCUCUCACUUUAUUCGACGAUCCGCAUGAUUUGGGCAAAUUGAUGAAAGAAAUCGCGAACAAAAACGAAGUUUUCGAAGUAAAUUACGCAAAAUUGACGGAAAAAAAUCAUUUUCGUGCAAUUUACUCGCUUUCGACGAACGAAACGAAGGCGACUUCUGCAGAACUUUACCAAUAUGCACGAGAAUGUGCCCGGGCCUGGCAUUUACUCAGCAAACACACGUUCCUGCCGUUCCUUUUAAAGACGAAGGAGACACAAGACAUCUUCCUCGACCUGCUUUUUCACUUUUUUCAAAGCACAAUCGUGAAUGCGCACAGUUUAGGACUCGCUUCCGGUAACUUGGCUCAAUAUGGAAGUGCGAUAUUUGCGUUGGCAAGUCUUUUCAAUCACUCGUGCGUGCCAAAUGUGGGUAAAAUUUUCGAUAAAUCCGUGAUUCGGAUUGUAGCGAAGCGAGUUAUCAAAGCGGGCGAGCAACUUUUCGAUUGUUACGAUAAAGAUGUGCAUCACGGACAUGCGAAUUUGCAAAAGAGACAAAGGAAACUCAAGUCGCAGUAUCGUUUCGAAUGCAAAUGCAAGGCAUGUCGGAAUGAUUUUCCGCUGCUAGAACAAAUGCCGACGCCAAAAAACCAAAGUUUUGCGGAAAAAGUUAUCAAUGAUUUGCAUCAGAUGCAGAAUUAUGACAAGGAAUUUGCGAAGAAAAAGUUGAAGGAGUACAAAAAGUAUCUCAUUCAGUAUGACAAGAAGGUGUCGUCGUUUGAAUUAUAUUCGUCGGAAGAUGUGUUCAUGCAGGCAUUGUGGACCGUGAUGUUUGGACGUCCUUUACAUCUGCAAUUAAAACACGUUUAGGUCAAUUUGUGAUGAAUGUUUUCGAAAAAAAAUCGAAAUUUUUAAACUUUUUUUGUGUUUUUCUAAAUAAAUUUAAUAUUUCUAUUAAAACAGG